AUGUAUUUCUUUCAGAUUUGCAACCAACAUAAUGCUGAGGCUCCCAACUCCCAACAAGUAUUUCACAGAAUGGCACAAACAGAACCUAAUCUGGACCACAACAUAUCAUGGUUCCUCCUUCCAUCAUACUGGGCCAAAGUGGUUGUUGCAUUAAUUUCCUUCCUCUGUUUUGCUAACAGCUAUGAUGGAGAUUUUGUCUUUGAUGAUUCUGAAGCCAUUAUCAAUAAUAAGGACCUCAGGGCAGAAACCCCACUUGGUGACCUGUGGCAUCAUGACUUUUGGGGUAGCAAACUCAGCAGCAAUACCAGUCAUAAGUCAUAUCGACCACUGACUGUUCUAACUUUCAGAAUUAAUUACUUUUUUGCUGGAGGCUUCUAUCCAGUUGGCUUCCAUGUCAUCAAUAUAAUACUGCAUUGUACUAUCUCCGUGUUGAUGAUUGAUGUGUUCUCGAUAUUACUGGGUGGACUGCAAUUCAGUAAUAAAGGAAGAAGGCUAAACCUGGCUCCAAAGACAUCUCUUCUAGCUGCUUUGCUGUUUGCUGUACAUCCAGUGCACACUGAAUGUGUUGCCGGGAUUGUUGGCAGAGCAGACCUUCUGUGUGCCCUGUUCUUUUUGUUAUCAUUCCUUGGCUACUGUAAAGCAUUUAGAGAAAAUAAGGAAGGACAUAACUUUUCUAUGUUUUGGGUGCUGGUGAGUGUCAUCCUAGGUGCAAUAGCCAUGCUGUGCAAAGAACAAGGAAUUACAGUACUGGGUUUGAAUGCUGUGUUUGAUGCACUAGUGAUUAACAAGAUAAAUGUUUUGGAGCUUAUUCAAAAGCUACUGCGUAAGGACAAGCCAUUGGAGAAUGCUGGGCUAUUAAGGAAGGGGCUAUUUUUCAGGAUAACUCUUCUGAUGUCUGGAGGGGCCAGUAUACUUUAUAUACGCUGGAGGAUUAUGGGCACGGGGCCACCAGCUUUCACUGAAGUAGACAACCCGGCUUCAUUCGCAGACAGUCUGUUUGUGAGAGCUAUAAACUAUAAUUACUACUAUUCAUUGAAUGCAUGGUUGCUGUUGUGUCCCUGGUGGCUGUGUUUUGAUUGGUCAAUGGGCUGCAUACCCCUCAUUAAAUCCGUCAGUGACUGCAGGAUAAUUGCACUAGCAGCACUUUGGUUCUGCCUAAUUGGUUUGAUAUGCCAAGCUCUGUGCUCAGAAGACAGCCAUAAGAGAAGAAUUCUUACACUGGGACUUGGAUUUCUUAUUAUCCCCUUUCUUCCUGCAAGUAAUCUGUUCUUCCGAGUAGGAUUUGUUAUUGCAGAGAGGGUCAUCUACCUCCCCAGUAUUGGAUAUUGUAUUCUGUUUACAUACGGAUUUAGUCUCCUGAGUAAGCAAGCCAAGAAAAAGAAAUUCCUUGCUGUAGCAGUACUUGGAAUCCUGUUGAUAAAUGUUAUGCGCUGUGCACUCCGCAGCAGUCAGUGGAGGUCAGAAGAACAGCUUUUUCGGAGUGCACUGUCUGUGUGCCCUCUGAAUGCAAAAGUGCAUUACAAUGUUGGCAAAAACCUGGCUGACAAAGGAAAUCAAAGUGCUGCAAUCAAAUACUACAGAGAAGCUGUAAGGUUGAAUCCUAAAUAUGUACAUGCCAUGAACAACCUUGGAAAUAUUCUGAAAGAAAGAAAUGAGCUCCGGGAAGCAGAGGAGUUGCUGUCCUUAGCUGUACAAAUACAACCUGAUUUUGCUGCUGCGUGGAUGAAUCUAGGAAUAGUACAGAACAGUUUAAGACGGUUUGAAGAGGCAGAGCAAAGCUAUUGGACAGCAAUUAAACACAGGAAAAAAUAUCCAGAUUGUUACUACAAUUUAGGGCGAUUGUAUGCAGAUUUGAAUCGCCAUAUAGAUGCAUUGAAUGCAUGGAGGAAUGCUACAGUUCUGAAACCAGAGCAUAGUUUGGCUUGGAACAAUAUGAUUAUAUUGCUUGAUAACACAGGCAAUCUAGCCCAAGCAGAAGCAGUUGGAAGAGAGGCCCUGGAAUUAAUACCUAAUGAUCAUUCCCUUAUGUUUUCAUUGGCAAAUGUAUUAGGGAAAUCACAAAAAUAUAAGGAAUCUGAAGCUUUGUUCCUCAAGGCAAUUAAAGCCAAUCCAAAUGCUGCCAGUUAUCAUGGUAAUUUGGCUGUGCUUUAUCAUCGCUGGGGAAACCUUGACUUAGCAAAGAAGCACUAUGAAGUCUCUCUGAAGCUUGACCCCAUGGCACCCGGAACCAAGGAAAACUACAAUCUCUUAAGAAGAAAACUGGAGCAGUUGCAAAAGAAAGGCAGUGCCUGA